AUGACUCGUGUGGAAGGUGCCCAUGCGUCCAACGCAGAGAGACAGCUUGUUCGCGAUAUGUUAUAUAACAGCGAGUACGACACCCUAGUGCGGCCAGUAAAAGACCCCCGGGACAUUCUCAGUGUGAAAUUUGGUCUUUCCAUUGUUCAGCUAAUGGACGUGGACGAAAGAAAUCAAAUAAUGACGACGAGUGUUUGGAUCAAGCAGGAAUGGCACGAUUACCGACUACAGUGGAACCCUGCAAACUAUAGUGGGAUUACAACAAUACCCGUGCCACAAGACGCUAUAUGGCGACCCGACACUGUUCUCUAUAACUACGCCGAAGGAACGUAUUGCGCCGAUUUCGCCGCAAAAGCUAUAUUGAGCUACACUGGCAAAAUAUAUCAUGUACCGCCUGCUAUUUUCAAAAGUCCAUGCUCAAUAGAUAUUGAGUAUUUUCCGUUCGAUGUACAACGUUGCCUAAUGAAGUUUGGAACGUGGGCUUACAGCGGGAGUCAAAUAAGGUUGGAAAUCAUGGAGGGGCACGCCGUGAAGGAGGAUUUCUGGGAGAACGAAGAAUGGGAGAUUAUAAACGCGCCUGGCAAGAACGUUUCUAUGAAGUAUCCAUGUUGUACUGAUACCUAUUAUCACGUGGUAUACACGAUGGUUCUCCGCAGGAGGUCUCUCUUUUACGUUGUGAAUUUAAUCGUUCCUUGCAUCGUCAUGGCAAUGCUGAUAAUGUGUGUGUUUUGCCUACCCCCGGACAGCGGCGAGAAGAUCUCGCUUAGUAUAUCCGUGCUGCUCGCGUUAACUGUGUUUCAACUACUGAUGGCGGAAAUCAUGCCCCCAACGUCGUCAGCGACUCCCCUAGUCGGCAAAUUCUUACUGUUUACAACGAUAUUAGUGUCCUCGUCCAUUGUUGUGACCGUCGCCGUACUGAAUCUUCACCACCGCUCUGCCAGCACGCACAGGAUGCGGCCAUGGGUGAAGAAAUUGUUCAUGCAAUUUCUACCGAAAAUGUUAAAUAUGAGCUACAAAAGAAAGCCGUGCAACUUUAAGACGAUACGCAGGGCGUACCACUUGCAUGAGAUGGCAAUGGACGUGGAUAUGCAAAUGAAGCUUAUGAAUUUACAGGCACCCGAGUCUGAGGUGCGCUGCACGUCCAAUGGAGUCCGACAUUCUAAACCGAACUCAAAGCCACGAAUGCCUGGAGGUGGAGACUACGCCCUCUUACAGGAAGUUAGAUACAUAACACAUUACAUGCGAAAUGAGGAGAAAACCUUACAGGCCCGUGAAGAUUGGCAGUACGUGGCAGUUGUACUGGAUCGUCUUUUUCUCACCAUAUUCAUAACGUGCUCUAUCGUAGGUACGUGUGCGAUUAUGCUACCAGGUCCGCUGAAUGCAAAAAUCGAUGUUGAAAACGAGGAGUGGCUGCCGUGA